CGAAAUAAAUAUUUUGGUCAUUAUCAAUUAAACAUUGUAGAUAAAUCGCGCGUGGUAAUAAAAUUUUCGUGGUCAUACAAUACAUGCAUACGUAUAUAUUAUUAUUAUUAUUAUCAUCAAAAUUAUUAUUCCAUUAGUAUUUGUAAAUGUAAAAAAAUUAGUGUAUGAAAAUUGAUGAAGCAUAAGCACAUCUUAAAAAGGAAUAAUCGGAGAACAUUCAAGAAACGUUACCAAGGACAUCAAUCGUGACAUAGAAAACUAUCGCACGUAUUAGAUUUCAUUUACAGAUAUUUUUCAAAAAUAUGGCCUCAAGAUCUAAUCAAGGAAUCCAAAGGGUUUUAGGAAAAUUAGAGGCUUCUGUUAACUCUGGUAAUUAUUAUGAAGCCCAUCAAAUGUACAGAACACUUUAUUUUAGGUAUCUUGCUAAAAAAAAGUACACAGAUCUAUUGGAAUUACUUUACAAUGGUGCCAUUCUUUUACUCCAACGUGAUCAGCAUGCAAGUGGUGCUGAUUUGGGAAUAUUAUUUGUUGACGUAUUAAAUAGAUCAGAAACACCAGAGCCAGGAAUAUAUUUUGAAAAAAUAACAAAUUUAUUCAGUAUUAUGAAACCAGGUACACCUGAAAGAGAAUCAUUUCUUCAUAAUGCACUUAGAUGGAGUUUAAAACACACUAAUUGUAAGUGGGGACACCCUGACUUACAUAAAAUGAUAGCUCAAGUUUUUUGGCAAGAAAAAAAUUAUACAAUGGCGAGACAGCACUUUGUAUACAGUGAUGAUGGCGCAGGUUGUGCAGCGAUGCUUGUAGAAUUGCAUCAGCAACGUGGUUACUCCAAUGAAGUUGAUCUUUUUAUCGCUCAAGUUGUUCUGCAAUAUCUAUGUCUACACAAUGCGGCAACAGCACAAGAGGCCUUUGAUUCUUACACGUCGCAACACCCUAAAAUAAAUAGCGAGCCUCCAUAUCUGUUACCUCUAUUAAACUUUUUAUUUUUUCUUCUCAAAACCAUUCAACUCUCAUCACUCGCAGGAUUUACGGUCUUGUGUGAACAAUAUCAGUUGAGUUUAAAUAGAGAUCCUAGUUACCGUACAUACCUCGAUAAAAUAGCCCAGUUAUUUUUCGACGUUCCUGCACCACGUCCACGACGACAGGGACUGUUUGGCAGCAUUCUUCAGUCGCUUUUUAAUGGGCUUGAGGAUGAUGAGUCAGAUGCCGAGGAACAGACUUCAAGGCAAGCUAGCAAUAAUGCCUCGACAUCACACGCCAUACAAGAGCUUGACUGAUUCUCCCAUCAGCGACAGUGUAAUAUAGUUGAUUAACAACUUAAUCAUAAACAUAAAUAUCGUGUUACUAAUUCCAAAAAGUCAUAUUUUUGUAUGCCCUUUUGGCUUUAGGAAACUCUAAAGCCAAGGGCUUAUUUUUUUUAUCAAUCGUUUUGUAGAUUUAUUUUAAAGCCAAAAAUUUUGAAAGUUAAAAGGACGCAUAAUUUUUUCCACAAAUCAAUUUUUAAAAAAAUGCACACUUAGAAAAUUAAAAAAACUACACGUGCAAUUUUUUCAAAUAUUUUUUUUUAUUUAUUUAUUGUUUUAAAAAAAAAUUCAAAAGUUAUUAGACGUCGGCUAACUUCAGUAUCAUGUGUAAUUUAAAUUGAACGUCUUUUUGGUUUUCAUUUUUUUGGCUUCAAAAUAAAUCUACAGAACGAUUUAUAUAUAUAUAAAUAUAUGUCCUUGAGGAAUUAGUAAUGCGAUAUAUUAUACUUGGUUUGUAUAAACAAAAAUUUAUAAACUCAUAUGAGUUAUUUAUGAUAACGUGCACUUUGUUUUAAUGCAUAGACACAAAAAAUAAAAAUUUUAAAAGUAAUAAAGGAUUAUAUCCUGCUGGUCUGACCGAGAGUAAGAUAAUUCUCGGGUGCUAUUGAUAAUUACUAAUUUAAUUAAUUAAUUCAUUAAUAUUUUUUUUCUUAUAUUAAAUUAAUUAACUCUUUUUCCUCUUCUACGUUUGUUACAGACUGUUUUGAUUUAAGCGUAAACUUUAUUUAUGAAAGUAAGAGUUGACUUGGAUGUAUUUUUUUUUUUUUUCUAUUGGUAAUUAUUAUUUAAAGACUUAGAUCAUGAGUCGUGGAGGAUUAAUGCAAUGUACAAAUAAAUAUGUGGAUUUAGUAACUUGUAAUUACAUAUAUCAGUUAACGUAAAUACUUAUUAGUUAAAAAAAAAAUCAACAGUGAAGAUGAUGAUAAAAAUUUUUUUUUUGUAAUUUAGCCGCGAAAAAAAUAUUUGUUUAAAUUUAGGGAAAAUAAAAUUUUUCUAUCUAUCACAUAUAUUUAAAAAAAAAAUAUGUAAGUACACAAAAAUAAAAUAGGAGUAUCAGAUUUAAUAAAAUCUUCCUUAUGUAAGAACGAGA